AUUGCAUAUUCGGUACCGUCAACUUGUUUGAUAUUUCCAUUAGUCGCCGUAGUGUUCUCUCUUAUCCUUUAAUUUCUUAAAAAAUGACCACCAGAUUUAAGAAGAACCGAAAGAAGAGGGGUCAUGUUAGUGCUGGUCAUGGGCGAGUUGGUAAACAUAGAAAGCAUCCUGGUGGUCGAGGUAAAGCCGGUGGUCAACAUCAUCACAGAAUUUUGAUGGACAAAUACCAUCCAGGUUUCUUCGGUAAAGUUGGUAUGCGAUAUUACCACAAAACUCAAAAUAAAUUUCAUUCACCAACAGUUAACUUAGAUAAGCUCUGGACUUUAGUGAGUGAACAAACUAGAGUAAAUUAUGCUGCUAAAAAAGAUGGACCUGUUCCUGUUAUUGAUUGCGUCCAAGCUGGUUUCUACAAGGUCCUUGGAAAAGGAAUUCUUCCAAAGCAGCCUGUGAUCGUUAAAGCUAAGUUUUUUAGUCGCAAAGCUGAAGAGAAAAUCAAGAGUGUUGGUGGAACUUGUGUGUUAACAGCAUAAGAAUCCCACUAAAUAUA